CUAGGCCUCCGGAGUAAAAUAUGCCAACAGGGCGGUCAGCGUUGCAAACGCAGUGCCGCAUACGCUGAAGUCAUGAGCACCGCCAAUAACGGUGAGUCGACGUGUCUACAUUCUUCAGGGGAGCGAAGCCUCGUUCGCUGAUGUCGGAAUUGACAAACGCCUACGCUGCUCGCCAUGGUUCUACGGUCAUACAGGCGCACCCUCUCUGAAGCGUCCAUGCUUCACGCGUUAAACUUCACACCCUUUGCUAGGCUAUAUCCCUUGUACCUAAAUCAUGUGCGCUGUCUUGGCUUUUCUGCUGGCACACUAUCAUGAUUCCGUGUACCGCUCCCGUUGAGCCGCAUAUAAACCCACCGCCUAUACCUGUCCGCAGCCAGUUACGAAACGGCUCAGCAUAUCAACAGAGGCUGCGCGCUAUCAUUUCUGAGCCUAUGAGUGCGACAAGUGUUUCAUCGUCUCCUGCCUCACGGACUCUUUUCGACGAACUUGACAGGGAGUUGACGGAGACACAACAGAGACUAGCCAGCGUGAGUCUGGAAGGGAGGGACAUGAGUGACAACAGAGAGAGUCUGCUCUGGGAUGAUUGGAGGGAGAGUGAUACGUCGACGGAAAGAGGGCUUAAGAGUGACAGCGGCGGUGCUUCUGAAGACUGCUGCUUGAGUGAACUCAAAUCUGAAGCGAGUGAUGGAGACAAUUAUCCCGAACCAUUGAGACCAAGCGAGCGAAGCGGGCAUGUUGUGGAGCAGAUCGAUGUGCAACGGCGCGUGCCGGCACAACGAGGAAGUCGCGACAGCCCACCUUCUGCCAUCCACACUAAUCACACAACCCGCUCUGACCACAGUUCAUCAUCCUCUGACUACAGUUCCCGAACGAUGGACACCAAAGUGUCCGACUGGCUCGCACAAGGGUUCCGCUUUUCUGAAUCUCAUGAAUCCGAUUCUCCACGACAGGUCACCAGUAACUCUGAUCGCCCCUUCCCUCCCAGACUCGCUGCCCUCUCACUUUUUCCACCAACGUCUCCAUCGACCGGUAACAAAGAGUAUACACCACCCGGAAGUCCUUUUGCUCGACCUGCCUGCCCGGUGUCCCCACUGAAUAACGGAAGAGAUGUUUACGGUAAUUACAUACCUUCAAACAUGAAAGACUACUUCGCCCCGCAGUCGCCUCCAAUGUCGCCCAAUAUACGAGCUAUUCCUGAAAGCCGAGUCUCUUUAGAACAUGGUAGAUCGUCACCCAUCGUGCAUCUCCGUGGCGGUGGUUGGAAUUUGAAGGGACUGUGGAAGACAUCUGAUACCGGAGGUUCUGAUCAAAACCCUGGUUCAACUUCUAUGCAUCACCUUACUGGCAAGGAUGCUAUUGUGCGGGAAUUACCAACAACUGAUCACGCUGGGCGACCGGAAAGUCGAGCAGCGCGUAGUGUGCGAUCACACUUCUCGACUACUCGUGAUGGGAACGAUACAAGGACAGCACAAGGAACGCCAGCCAGGCCAUCGCCAAUCGACACUAGACGAUAUGGUCAACACCCAAAUGGAGGAGGCGAUAUCAGGCUAGGUUCGAAUACGCCAGACUCUGCAGACACGGAUGAUAGUUCUGUUCCCCGAGCUCGUGCUGAUGCAGUCUUGUAUCAGUAUUUUGGAUCUCAGUUAUCCCCACGCGUACCAAAAUCCCCGGAGAUCACAUCAUCCACCGUUCGAGCGCAUCAGACAACUCAUAACGGAGCUGAUGUAAAAGUAAAGGAUGGGCACCGCUUGCCUCCCAUCGACAGGACUCUUGCACAACCCAAUUCUCAAAGUGCGCUUUCCUCUCAGGAUGACCACACGCGCGACUCUACAAGCCCCUCACGACCGGAAACAAAGACUAUACAUAGGCCAUGGGAUACUGUAAGAUCAGAGGAGGCUCCGAAUACUGAUGACACAGCUCAAAGUCACGUAUUUAGUCCGAGGGACAAGAAGAGAUGGGAUAGAAAUAACCCUCCUCCGCCACCGAGACUCCCUCCACCAAAUCCACCCAGGUACCUGCGAACUGAUCUACCCGACGAUGAUGCUUCUGAAUACACUGACGAUAGCCAUCAAGCCUCCUCUGUGGUAUCUGCCAACACGAGGCAUGAUCAGCUGAUUGACCUCUUGGAUAUAGGUCAGACCGAUGUUUACAGGAGGGUUGAGCGUGAGCGCGAGAUUCGACGUAUACAAGCACAGAGAAAGUGGCACGAUGAAGCGGAUCGGAGACGCCAUGUAGACAUCAGGCGCCAGCAGGGAUCGCGAGAGCCUGACCUGGACACUAUCUUACCGGAUGACAGCAUCGCUGCACUAAUGCGACGCCAGCAAACCGAAAGACGGCAUGACUUGGAGCGCCCGGCAGCUGUUCAAGAGUAUCGCCCUACCAGCUCACCGGCGCCUUCACAAUACCUACCUCGUCACGGUCCUAUCACAACUAAAACUCAGGCCAUACCCCAACAGCAAAGCAACCGUAUCCACACAAUCGGUUACCCGUCUGUUGUGCCUGCCCCAGCAGCCUUCGAGCCCGCUUCCAUCAAGCGAAAGCACUCCUUACAAACAGUCCUCUCCAAAGCAGGAAAACUUACACGCCUGAUCCUCGCUGCUCCUUCGGAUCCCAAAUACAAGACGUAUUCACAGCGACAGCAUCCGGUAAAGCAAUCAGGAAUGAGCGCCGAUGCCACUGGGUGGCCAAGGAAUGGGAAAGCCUCUUCAGCAAACCAUGGGAUGUUCAUGUCAACUCAAGCACCACAACAAAGGACUAUGUUCAGCCGCGAUCGGCCGCAGACUAGUGGAGAUGAUGCUAAGAGAUCGGGCAGCAGGGGUUGGGAGCAUCCGAGGGGCAGAAGAGCGAAGAAAGUCGAGAAGGCGGAGAGCAAGAGACGGAGAGGGAGGUGGGGAAGAAAAACAGAUGAAGAGACGUCCACUGGAGAUACUCAAGUCAUCGACUUUGCGUCCCGAGACGCUGCUCGGUCGAAAGGUGCUACACGGCUUCAACACCCGCCUCGCGCACGUCCGCCAUCACCCAAAGCUCUAACGCGAGCCGCUGAGCCUCCCGUCCCUGUUUUCAAGCCUUCCACGUAUCACCAACAGGAACCUACUUUCAUGCCCAGCGAUGUAGCAGGUACGCCGCAAACAAGAUUUGGCCCACCAGAUCGCGAGGGAAAGUUAUACGUCCGUCGCCGCGAUGGAGAGGUCCUACCAUUCAAUCCUGCACUGGGAUAUCCGUACCACUUGCGUCUCAACACCUACUAUGAUCACAAGACGGUAGAUGCUACGACAAUGGCAUGGCUAGAAGGCAUUCGUGCACAAACCGAUGCAAUUCCUCAUCCCGUCAUCAACAUGCGAGGCGGCGACGGUAGCAUCUCUUCCAAACUGCGCUCCACGUAUGGCGAAGCGAGCAGUUUGGCAUCGCGCCAUCACCUCCUGACAUCAGCAGUAAUGAGCCUGGAUAGUGGUAACGAAACAGUUGGUGGUACCGAUACAGACGCCCUACUUGUGUCGUCCACGCAUCUCAGUUUAGGUCAGGUUACACACGAAGCUAUUGCUGCAGUCAAUGGCGCUCAUGGAGAUGAAGGGAACAACAGGCCUAGUUGUGAUGAAGCCCACAUGCGGUCGAGUUUCAGCACUGACUCCACAGUGGAGCUCAGGCGGGAGAAGAAGGACAAGGCGAGUGCCUGGCGGAACGAAGACCAAGCUAGGGCUAUGGCUAUUGCUAUGCAUGGUUUUGGGUAAGGGUAUUCGGGCGUGGAAACUUCUCGGAAUGAUCAUGGGAUCUUAAACAUGACAAAGUCUACGUGAAUGAAGGAGGUUACUCGUUCAUGGCUUCCCGUAGCUACAACAAACUGGCAUGGAAGUCAGGUGACAAUUCCAUAUGCAUAUCUGCAACAAAAUCUUAUACAUAUCUAUAUAACAUCUCAAGAACGCCUCAUUCUUGCCAAAACAGUGUGCUUGUUAUACAGAGUUGAGAUCAUGUCCGGAAGCGCCAUUCAAUGCUAAUCGGCCCAAUCAAAUCAUCAAUAAUCGCAGUGAUUAUAGUCAUAAAGCGAGCCCAUACCCGCAGCCGUAAGCGCAAAUUCUACAGUCUCGCUUCUAUCCCAAAAGUACUCGCGCAUCCACGUCGAAACCAUAUCGAGUGCUGAAACCGACGAGUUGCUCGACCAGACUUUUUCGUGGCGGGCCCAGGAUGAAUGCUGCCAUAGCGUCUCCGGAU